UAUGUCUCGCCUUGAAAAACAUUUUCUUUUGUCUUCAAAUCAAACACUCUCCGUCUAAUCUAUGUAUUCAUCAAAAUAGUAAUAGCAUUAAAAAUAAAAAAAAUUAAAGACCCACUUUAGCUUUCCUCAAUCAACAAACAAAGCAUCUCUCUGUGUGCGUCUGUGUGUGUGAGUCCUCGCCGAUUCAGCCAUGGAUGAAGAAUACGACGUGGUAGUGCUGGGCACGGGUCUCAAAGAAUGCAUCCUCAGUGGGCUUCUCUCCGUUGACGGUCUCAAGGUUCUGCACAUGGAUAGGAAUGACUAUUAUGGAGGAGAGUCGACUUCACUCAAUCUCAUUCAGCUCUGGAAGAAGUUUAAGGGAAAUGAUAAACCUCCAGCACAUUUGGGUUCUAGCAGGGAUUAUAAUGUGGACAUGAUCCCGAAGUUUAUGAUGGCAAAUGGUACCCUUGUACGCGUCCUCAUUCACACUGAUGUUACAAAAUAUUUGUCCUUCAAAGCAGUAGAUGGCGGCUAUGUCUACAAUAAAGGAAAGGUACACAAGGUGCCGGCAACUGACAUGGAGGCACUAAAAUCUCCUCUAAUGGGCAUCUUUGAGAAGCGCCGUGCUCGCAAAUUCUUUAUAUACGUCCAAGAUUAUGAUGAAAGUGAUCCCAAAACACACGAGGGAAUGGAUCUUACUAGAGUGAAAACGAGAGAGCUUAUUGCAAAAUAUGGUCUUGAUGACAACACUGUGGACUUUAUUGGUCAUGCAUUGGCGCUUCACAGAGACGACCGCUAUUUAGAUGAACCUGCAUUAGAUACUGUGAAGAGAAUGAAGCUAUAUGCAGAGUCUCUUGCACGGUUUCAAGGAGGAUCUCCGUACAUUUACCCCUUGUACGGAUUAGGAGAGCUCCCUCAGGCUUUUGCUCGGCUCAGUGCUGUUUAUGGUGGGACUUACAUGUUGAAUAAACCUGAGUGCAAGGUAGAGUUCGACGAGGAAGGCAAGGUUAUUGGUGUCACAUCAGAAGGGGAAACUGCUAAGUGCAAGAAAGUUGUUUGUGAUCCUUCCUACUUGCCCAACAAGGUCAGGAAGGUUGGCAGGGUCGCAAGAGCAAUUUGCAUUAUGAGCCACCCAAUUCCAAACACCAAUGAUUCUCACUCAGUGCAGGUUAUUCUGCCGCAGAAGCAGUUGGGUCGCAAGUCAGAUAUGUAUCUCUUUUGUUGUUCUUAUUCACACAAUGUUGCCCCAAAGGGGAAAUUCAUUGCAUUUGUAUCAACGGAGGCGGAGACUGAUCAUCCAGAGACUGAACUAAAGCCGGGAAUUGAUCUUCUAGGGCCCGUGGACGAGAUAUUCUUUGAUAUCUAUGACAGAUAUGAACCGGUUAAUGAGCCUUCUCUGGAUAAUUGUUUUAUAUCAAAUAGCUAUGAUGCCACAACUCACUUUGAGUCAACUGUCAUCGAUGUGCUCAAUAUGUAUUCCUUGAUAACUGGGAAGGUUCUUGACCUCAGUGUGGAUCUAAGUGCUGCCAGUGCUGCUGAAGAAUGAGAAGUUGCAUGGGGUGUGCUUGCACGUACCUGUGCUUCCUUCUUGCCAAAUUCAGUAAAACAUCACAUAUUUCUGUGUGAUUUACCUAAUCAAAAAGCGCUUGGAUUUGACUUGAUUUUCUCUUUUAAUCAUAUAUAUUAUCAUAUCAUAAUGUAAUAAAAAAUGGUCUUCGAAUGCUGCUUGUUUGUUAA